AGCCGCAGUCCCGGCGGCUCCGGCGCAGCGCGGGAGCACCGUGGAGCGCGGAGCGCGGACCCGAGCGGGCAUGUCCCCGCGCUCGGGAGUCCCCGUCGACCGCCGGGCCCAGGUGGCUGCUAACUUGGCGGCGGGCUCCUGCGGCCCCGUCGCGGCCAUGUAGUCGCCGGCGGGGCUCCCUGCAGCCCGGGAGCGGCAGUGCGAGUGAGCCGGCGCCCAGCAGCCCGCGGCUUCCCCCGGAGGCGCGGAGUGCGCGCCGCGCCCCCGCCGCCCCUCGGGCAGCACUUUGGCCCGAGAGGGAAAUGGGGGAGAAAGUUUCGGAGGCGCCGGAGCCGGUGCCCGGUGGCUGCAGCGGCCACGGCGCCCGGACUCCCGCCUCUGCGCCGGUCGCCGCGUCCUCGCCGGGUGCUUCCUUGGCCGAGUCCUCCUCGGGCUCAGAAACUCUGUCGGAGGAAGGGGAGCCCGUCGGCUUCUCCCGCGGGCAGCAGCCGCAGCCGCCGCCGGGCGGCGCCCUGGGCGUCCGUCUGCCCGCCGCGUGGGCUCCGGCGCGCGUGCUGCUCGAGCGUGGAGUCCCUGCGCCGCCGCCGCCCCCCGAAGGAGCUGCGCCGCCCGCGCCUGGGGGCAGCAGCGCGUCCCAGGAAGAGCAGGACGAGGAGCUUGACCACAUACUGUCCCCUCCACCCAUGCCGUUUCGGAAAUGCAGCAACCCAGAUGUGGCUUCUGGCCCCGGAAAAUCACUGAAGUAUAAAAGACAGCUGAGUGAGGAUGGCAGACAGCUGCGGCGAGGGAGCCUGGGAGGAGCCCUGACUGGGAGGUACCUCCUUCCAAACCCGGCGGCGGGACAGGCCUGGCCGGCCUCGGCGGAGACGUCCAACCUCGUGCGCAUGCGCAGCCAGGCCCUGGGCCAGUCGGCGCCCUUGCUCACGGCCAGCCUGAAGGAGCUGAGUCUCCCCAGAAGAGGCAGUUUGAACCUCAGUCACUGGUGUGUGGAGGACAAUAUGUUGAAAAGGAAAGGCUGGUCCAAGGAGAAUGAAGAAAAGAGAAUUUCUUCCUAAGACCUAAAGAGUGACCGGUCUGCUGUGCACCAUGGUGUCUUUUCCUCAAGGCAUUUUUUAAUGUGAGCUGGAAGAGAAGACUCUGAACCUGUGUCCCUGGAACUACUCCCUUAUUUCAUCAAAACUCCACUUCCUAACACCAUAGAUGGUGCUGGCUCUCACCAUUUUCUGCCAGUUAAUUUAAUUUCAGCAGCAGCAUCUUGGCAGUAAAACACUGUUUUGACUACUUCAUUGCUUUUUACCGUUGUUCCAGAAAGCAGAUAGAAGAAUGUGCUGAUACCAGUUAGGAAGUAUAACUCCCAUAAACUUAAUGCAGCUGACACCAGAGGCAAAUUAUUUGGCUUCCCCAAAAGGACUAAUCUUUAGCUUCAAUCAGACAUUCAUUGUAUUUAGGCCAGUGGUGUAUGUAUAUUAUUGUGAACGAAAAGAACAAAAUUAAAAGAGGUGGACAGAUUGAAGGGUUAUCAAAGAGGAGUGUUAAGUGAGGAAUAAUUAGGAAGCCUGAAUUUUUUUUCUCUCUUGAGGAAUUAAAAUUUCCCUGACAGUAUAUAUUUGACUCUUUGACGUCUUUUUGGGAAUGUAUGAAGCAGGAAGGUAGAGAACUCUCUUUAUACAGUUCUAUCUGGGUUCACUGUCUUUCCACAGUUGAAUGAUUCUCUGACAUUACAUGGUAGAUUGGGAGGAAACAAGGAUGGGCGAGCCUGUGUUAGGAUUACACAGUGUGGACGUGUGUGGUAGGAGAGGCAGAGACGUAUAAAUUGCUGAGGCAGUACUGAGGUUUGUU